AUGGACGACUACAAUUUAGAAAUGUCAGUAUACGAGUGGAAAAGUAAAUUUGUCGCCGGAAUCACAGCCAUGUUACUUGCUUUAACUCUGUUGAAGAAAAAAGACAUCCUAUCGGACGACCAUGGACUAGAUCAUAUAACAAACAAGAAAAUCGUGAUACCCACUCUUGGAGAAAGAUUGGCAAUCACUCUACGUUAUCUUGCCACUGGAGAUUAUCUACAUUCUCUUGCAUAUGGAUUCAGAGUAGCGGCAUGCAUUAUUACUCGAAAUACAGCAAUUGCAAUAUAUGAGAAACUUGCACCAACAUAUCUUGCUGUGCCGAAGGCUGAUGAAUGGAAGAGAGUUACCAUGGAGUACUACACAAAAUGGAACUAUCCAAAUUGUUGUGGAGCAAUAGACGGGAAACACAUCGCCAUUAUUUCCCCACCAAACAGUUGGUCUCUGUACCAGAACUACAAGGGAUUUAAAAGUAUUGUUCUAGUGGCAAUUGCUGGGCCAAACUACGAAGUUCUCAUGUUUGAUCUUGGAGAAUAUGGAAGACAAUCUGACAGUGGCAUUUGGGCAUCAUCCGAUCUAAGAAAAGCAUUCAGGAGCCACAAAUGA